CGAUUCAGUUGGCAACGGCCCGCACUGUGAAACGGUCAUCCAUACGCCUUCAGUUCGCCAAGCAAGUUCAAGAAUUCAAGAGAUCUUUGUCUAUGUGUUUUCUGAAUAUUUUCAUAAAUAUUUGGAAUCUUGGGUGCCGCGUGUGUUAUUUUGAGUUAUCGCGAUUGCGGCUAAGUGCAAUUAGUGCCACAAAUUUAGUGCAAUGAAUUGGGAAAUUUAUUUCUCUGGCCAGGCGCAUCAUUAGCAAAUGAAUUUACCAAAAAGAUAUUCUUAGUGAGUGAGCUAUCGUGUGUGUACGUUUUUGAAUGGUGUUUGAGUUCCAGUUGCGCUAAGAUUUUCCAACGACACCGGACAAUCUGCGGCCGCUCACAGAUUUGGAUUCGUUAAAAGUGAAAAAUCCGCCGGGAGAGUUUGAGGGGAAAACAAUCCGACUGCAAAUGCAAUAAGCCGUCAACAAAAGCCCCGUCUUAGCCACAAAAAAAAGGAAAAACGCAGCAUCAAAAACGGGGACAACAGCAGGGAUUUCGCCAGGAUUGCGUACUUGUUCUUUGAACACAGGUGCGCCGCGGCUGCGCCCGUGCCCGUGUCCUUGGCAGGAUCUGUGACGUUGCCAGUAGCCACCAUGAAGCUGUCCAAGCUGUCCAACCAGACCAACUCGCAGGAUCCGCAGGCGGUCAACUCGCGCAUCUUUGUGGGCAAUCUGAAUACCUUUCAGUGCUCCAAAACGGACGUGGAGCGCAUGUUUCAGAUCUAUGGCCGCCUCGCGGGCAUAUCCAUGCAUAAGGGCUAUGCCUUUGUGCAGUUCACCAAUCCAUUCGAUGCUCGGAACGCCUGCCACGGCGAGGAUGGCAAGACGGUCCUCAGCCAGACAUUAGAUGUCAACAUGGUGGCCGAACCGAAAGCGCAUCAGAUCGGAAGGAAAAGGCAGAAUGUGAGCAAGACCGGAAACGAUUGGGACUACUUCUAUGACAGCUACUGCUCCUCGGCGCUGCUGCGAGGCGGCGGGGGUGCGGGCGGGGGCGGUUCGAACGGAGUGCGGGCCAAGAAGCGGAAGCGUCUGAUGACCAACGGCGGCGGUCUGGCGGUGGCCGUGCAACAGCAGCAACAGCAGCAGCACGGCCAGCAUCAUCACAGUGCGGCCGCAGUGGCCGCUGCUGCGGCAGCCGCCGUCCAUCAGCAUCAGCAACAGCAGCAGGUGCAGCAGCAGCAGCAGCAGCACCAUCAGCAGCAGCAGCAACAGCAGCACCAGCAGCAGGUUGCUGCCGUUGCGAUGGCGGCCAUGGCCAAUUUGUUGCCGCAGCAGCAGUUGCUGCUGCAUCAGCAGAAUCUGCUCUCGAAUGCGGCAGUGGCCACAACGGUAACGGCGGCACCGGGUUCCAUUCACUGGUCGCAAUACAAACAGGAGCAGCAGCACCAUCCACAUGCCCACCACCCGCACCACCAGCAGCCGUUCGGAUUCCAGCUGAAGAGCAGCGUGGCUGUCCAGGCGACGACAUCGCCGCAAAAUGCAAAGUCUGCAAUAAUUGCUAAUCAAACGGCGCUGGGCGAGCCGUAUCCGGUUGGAGCAGCCGCCUUUGCCGCCCACCAGCAUCAGCAGCAGCAUCCGCAGCAGCAGCAGCAUCAGCAACAUCAGCAACAUCAGCAACCGUUGCUGCAGCCGUUGACUCUGGCAUUGUCCCCACAGCAACCGCAGCCUCAUCAGGCGGCAACGCCACUACAAUUGCACAGCCAAUUGAUGCAGCAACAUCAACAGCAGCAGCAGCAGCAACAGCAGCAACAGCAGCAACUACAGCAGCAGCAGCACAACCAGCAGCAGCAACAUGCUCUGGAGCAAUUAAGUUUGCAUCAGCAAUGGGGACCAUUCAAAGUAUACAGCAAUCCGGAUACAUUAAUCUGCGGCAACUGCCGGGAAUCCUUCGGCGAGCUGUCUGAGUUAUUGGACCACAAGAAAAGUUAUUGCAAGCUGAGGUUCACAUGCAAGUGCCAGGAUGUUGCCUUUGCGGCAAGUGCAAAGACUCCGCCGACGAGCGCCAAAUUGCUGUGCGCCGUUUGCAAGGAUGCGUUCGUCAAUCCUUGGGAUUUGAUGGUCCACGCACAGGCCGCCCACAUGGUUAACAUUUACGAGUUGGGCGAUGAUGAGGGCAGCAGCAGCAGCAGCAGCAACAGCAACAGCAACACCACCACCGCCAGCAGCAACAAUGUUGCAAAUGCAGCAGCCGUGGAGAACGGACAUGCCAUCGCCGAUGAGGCUGCCACAAAGCAGCAGAUGCCGCAGAUGCCACAGAUGCCAGAUGCCUCAUCAACACUUAACAAGGAGCCCAAUAACAAUAAUAAAAUUAGCAACAACAACAUGAGCAGUGAGGCCAUCAAUGGCCACAUGUCGCCCACGGGAACGGCCAUCAUAAUGGCAUCCGGAUCAGUGGCUGAGAAUGGAAUGGCCAGCGACAUGGAGUCCAACUGUCUGGACAUAAAGUUCAGUCUAAGCGCCAGUCCCAAGGAGGCGGGCGACAUGAUUGCCGCGGCAGCAGACAGUGGUGCCCAUACAGCCAUGAUUCCAUUACAGGAUCAGCACAGGGAUGAUCUCUCCCUGGAUGGACGCAUGUCGAGCAGCUCCCAGCAGACCCAUCACUCCGACGAACUGAACGUCAAGUUGCUGAGUGGCUCCGUCUCCUCGAGGGGCAGUUCGCCCGGACUGGAGGCGGAUGAGCCGCCGGCCACGAGGGCUUGUAUUGUCCGCACCUUAAGCAUUGAAACUGCCGGGUCACCCACAGCUCCAACUGCCAAUACUUUGAGCCUGAUGUCGAACAGUUUAGGCCUGGCUCUCGCACCGCAAUAGGUCAAAGGACGUGGGCAGGGUCAACAGCUUCAGCGCGGUGUUUCUUGCGCCAUCGUAGUGCGAUACAAGUGCAAUUUCUUCAGUAUUUUUAACAGACUAACCUUGGGGGAAGCUAAUGAGUCCGAAGGAAAGAAGAUCGAAUAACGUAAAUUACAGCAAACAUAUCAUUUUUAAUUAGCCAUAGAUAUGAAAUACGUGCAGCUAUAUAUAGUGUAUUGUGUACUAUAUCAAUUAAAGCCAUGUGUACGUUUAUAUGUAAUGUACUUGUAUUCGUAACUGUAAUUGUAAUUGUAAUUGUAAUGGUAAUUGUAAUGGUAAUUGUAACUGUAAAACGCCUUUGUGUUUGUGUUGUUUGCAUGUCCUUUGGGUUUAUCGUUUCAAACGGAAGAGUAUUUAUUUGGGUUUCAAAACUGCAUAAGUGAACGUAUAGGUAAAAUUAUGGAAAGCUUAAACUGUCAUCGCCCGUCGGCGGUGCAAAUUGAAUGGUAAUCGAGCUUUGUACAUAUGGAUAUAUGGAAUAAUACGGAUACAAAUUACGGAAUUAUAAGAUCAUUGUUAUUAACCGGACAAUCGUCUGGUGCCGGCUUUAACCGAUGCUUAUAUUUUGGAUAUCAUUUACGGAUUAAUAAUAACUUAGUCCUUAGCCCACGCAAAUUGUAUAUCAAAAGUAGCAUAGUGACAACAGGUGUUUCAAAAACAAAUUCGGAGUAACUUGCUAUACAUUAUCUAGAAUCAUAAUCAAAUAUGCGAAAUAUUAUUAGCGACUAUAUUCUGUAAAACCUAUAUCAAAAGUAGCGGCUAUGUAAAUAGGUUAAACAACGUAUUAUGUACUUACCAAACCAAUUUGUAAACAGUAACAACAUUCAAUUCAAUGUCCUCCAGCUAAAGCAUAUAAACCAACAAACGAAAUGUAUUAUGCUAAAUGAGAAUACCAAAUAUAUAUAUAUA